AUUCUAGUGAACGAAGAUGAUGAAGGAUUUAAUCUCAUUCAGCCCACGCUGAUCCAGCAGUUGAAGACCAUUCUAGAUCAGUAUCCUGACGAUGGACAGAUUUUGAAGGUAAGAAAUGUGAAAGAAACCUCGGUAUCUGUUCAAAGAGAGGUACUCCUUUUACCCUUCUAGUAUUUUCGUUUUCUGAGUAAUAUCUGAAGUUGGGACAAUCGAACAUGGAGAACUUGAACAUUGGGCUUGAUGAGACGUGAUGUGAAGAGUUUGGAUAGGAUAUGACGAGACGCAAUGAGAUGGGAUGAAAUGGUAAAAGAUGACAUGAAGUGAUGUGAAACGGAUGGGACGUGGGAUGAUUUUGCCAAGGAGAGAAAGACAAGGACAAUGAGAUACGAUUAGAUGAGAAAAGAGAUAGCAUUGGAUGUAGCCUGCAGUGCAAGCGUAUUUUGGGUGGGCGAAACCUUGUUCGUGUUCGUAUUGUUGUGGCCACCAUCUUUGAUUUUAUGACAGUGGAAGAUUGGGGAGAGUGGAAAUACUAACCCUUAGGGUAGGUGCUCCCUUUGACUCGCCCCAUUUCUUCCUCCCUUUGGGAAGUUUCAACAUAGUGCUUUCGCGAGCAAAAACAUUUGUGCCCCCGAAGAAAACGACUGCACUGCAGGCUACAUUGGAUGGUUUACUAAGUGAGACGAGAUAAGAUUAAUCAAUCGGUAAAAAGAGAAACAAAUUAAAAUUAGUAGUAAAUAAAUGUCUAACUUGAUGCUUUAAGGUGGAGUAAGUACUGUGUAUCCGGAAAGUUAAUGUGUGAUAUAUUAGAAGAAGUGGCUCCGUUAUAAAGAUACUCAUUGAAGAAUUGAGCCGUUUAUACUCCUCUUUUUUUAAUUGCAUUUAUGUAUUAGGAGCUCAUCCAAAAUGCCGAGGAUGCUAGAGCAACUCAAGUGAAAUUCCUCCAUGACCUGCACAGCUAUGGAACAGAGAAACUGCAUAGCGAAGGACUUGCCCAGUUCCAGGUAAUCUGUGAAUGAUGUGGUAAACUCUCAGAAGGAAUGAUUUUUUGUCUUUUCGUUUCACUCUUUCUGUAAGAAUGAUUUUUAUCAGGGUAGGGGUUUCGCAUAAUCCCCCCUCCCCUUUAUUACUUUUCUAACAGUCCUUCCCUUACCGAAGAAUUUACCCACAGCUCACAGGUCAAUAUCGUCUACAAAAUGUCUUACAGCUUUAUGGUCUAUAUUUAAAAAGAUAUAAAUCUUAUAAAAACUGACAGGCGUACUAUAUUUGUCGCACAUUCUACUUGGUAUUGCAUUUUCAUUCCAUUUAGUGACCAGUUCCUUACGGCUGGAUAUGACUUAAUUGUGUGAAGAUGCUGUGAGUCAGAUUUGAGCACCCGAAAGACUGGCAACUCUUAGGCAUAUUGCGAUAUGGGCAGCAAGCCUACUCUCCUAUUGGACGAUAUAAAACAAACUCCUCAUGUCAAAAUGUCGGCUCUGGGUUGUGUUUUCCUACGCAUGGUGUUCUACAUUUACAACUUCAAUCUAUAACGAUUUCCCAUUACAUACAUUAGAUGUUUCUUAUAUCAUUUUAAUUAAUGUCCACUAGGGCCCAGCACUCUACGCCUACAACAACGCCAAGUUCACCCCUGAUGACUGGAAAGGUAUCAGGAUGCUCUGUGACAGUAUAAAAGUCAAGGAUCCAAUGAAAGUUGGUCGGUUUGGCCUCGGUUUCAAAUCGGUGUUUCACAUCACAGGUGAUAUAUUUAUCAGACCUCCACUGAUCAUGUUGUAAUUAAUGGCAGCAAAAUCUGACAAAAUUAAUCAUUACUUAUUCCAAAGGUCAUUACUGUUCAUUACUUUAAUAACCAAAGCACAAUUAUUUGGCAAUUAAUGAAUGAGGCUGAGUAGGAUAUGAAGAAUUUAGCAGAUCGAGGAGGGUGUUAUUCGCCAAGGCCGAAAGCCGGGGUGGAUAGCACUCUCCGAGAUCUGCUUAAUUGUUCAUAUCCUACGACAGCCGAAUUCAUUAAUUGCUUUAUUAUUCAUUCAAAAUAAUUCCUAGUUUAAAAACAUAGCUAAAACAUGCUUACCUGCAUUGAUGUUAAGUUCAUCUUCGAUAGUGUACGUUUAGGUUUGUCCAGCUCCGCAAAUAUUCUCCAAAUAGCAGAUCUCGCCCUCUGAGUUGUCUUCUUGCUGUUUUUGCCAUGUUUUUAGCUAUUAUUUCGCCUAGUUCCAGCUGUAGUUCUUACUCUUGAAACGAGUGAAAUGUCCGCCAUUCUUUUUUUCACUACCAAAACAACUCAACCUCGUCCCCAGGUCUUCUUGGUAACGAUGCCUUAAACUGUAGAGUGCUGCAUUUUUUACGUCAUUUCCUCGUUAAACACAAAAUUCUUCCAAAUUUGGUCAUCAGUAACUGGUUAUGGUGAAUUAUGCGUUUGCUUUUAGCCAAUCAGAAUUAGGGAAAUAUUUUGAACGAAUAAUAAAUAUUAUUAUUAUUCAUUCAAAAUAUUUCCCUGAUUCUGAUUGGCUAAAAGCACACGCAUAAUUCACCAUAACUAGCUACUGAUGACCAAAUUUGGAAGAAUUUUGCGUUUAAUGAACCGAUGACGUCUAAAGUGCAGCUCUUGCAGGUUAAUGCACCGUUAACCGAGAAGACCUGGGGACGAGGCUGAGUUGUUUUGGUUGUGAAAACAAAAAUGGCGGAAAUUUCACUCGUGUCAAGAGUAAGAACUAGGCGAAAUAAUUGCUAAAAACAUGGUAAGAACAGGAAGAAGACAACUCGAGGGGCGACAACUGCUAUUUGGAGGAUAUUUGCGGAGCUGAACAACGCUAAACGUUCACUAUCGAAGAUGAACUUAACAUCAUCGAUGCAUCGAUGGAGGUAAGCAUGUUUUAGCCAUGUUUUUAAAGUAGGAAUUAUUUUGAAUGAAUAAUAAAACAAUUAUUGAAUUCGGCUUUCGUAUCAUAUAAAGAAUUAUGGAUCCUCGAUCUCCAUAAUUCUUCAUAAAAUAUUCAGCCUCAUUCACUAAUUGUUAAUUAACAGUCGCCAUCAACGUCUUUUCUACGUACAUUACACCUAUCGCCCACAAAGAUGACAAGACUCUCAGCUUUACGACACUGGCUUUUGGAAAAAAAAACACCCGAAGGCUUAGCAUUCUGGCGGCACAUUAAAAAAAGAGUGGGGUAGGGGGGCAUUUUCUUUUUUUUUACGGCCGAUUGAAGGAAUAGACUUUAACCGAUUUACUUCUCAUUCACCUGAAAUGGGAAACUGAUUUGUUUUUCUAUCUUUUUUGGUGAUAACAUUGCGCUCGCAUUCGCGAGUUUUUAAUCUGUUAAAAUCAAUAAAAAGUCUUAAUCAAACAUCAAAUCAAUUUAAGUUUUAAUUAUUUGGCUUUUGGUUAAUCCGAUAUUGUCAGCCAAGCUAUUAUCCUUUAAUGUCUACGAACUGUCCAAUUAAGGAUUAAUUUGGAUAGUUUGAGAUAGGGCUUUCCUUUAGAAAUAGGCAAACUGCCCAAUUUAAGAAAAAUAGGACAGCUGGUCUGCGCCAAUCAAAUGCCAGAAAAUUCAAUAGGCAAUGCAAACUAGCCAAACAGUCCAAAGUCUCUGUGACAACGCGCCAAAAAAAGUUUUAUUGGCUGACGGCGGUUCGUCAGCGAACACUCUUGGCUUCUUGUUGCAAUGAAUGUCAUUUUGUUUUGCUGCUGUUUUUUUUAAUUUUGGCUUCUUGUCUGAGCCAUUUAAAAGGAAAAUGUAUGACCAAACUGAUGUAUUGGAAACAAUCAACAUUAUACAAAUACAAACGGACGCCUGCGGAAAUCGUUUGUAAAGAAUAAGUUGAACUUAUCUGACACUAUAAGAAUAAACCUUUUUUAGAUCUUGCAGUGUAAUUUUGUGUCAAUUACAAACAGACGGGUUCGAGUGUACUAUAUUUCGCGUUUGUGACACGCUAAAAAAUCUGGAUUAACCAUCAGCUUUAUAAUUAAUAAGUAAGAGGACUACAUGCUUGUCCAUUUUGUAAAUAAUUGAAUUCAAACAAUUCCUCUGACAGCCAAAUUGAUCUCGGCCUACUGCCUUGUCUAAUUUUGGCUGCCCUCGGAAUUUUUUUCAUCCAAUUAUUUCCAAAGUGGACAGCAUGUAUUCCUAUUACAUAUACAAGUCCAUAGGCGGAGAAGCGGGGGGGAGGGGAUUACCAUAGCCCCCACGAACAAAACUUUGGGGGCAUAGCACCCCACGUUUUGGUGCCGAGAAUAUUGCUGGUGCAGUUCAAAAAUUGUCAACGUAUUUAGUCUCGGAUGUAAAUCUCAAGAACCACAUAAUAGGCACCACGAAACAGGACCGCCGGAACAACUGCCUACUGCUGCAUUGCCACAAAUCGAUUACGGACACACUAGACACUGAAGAUUGCCAAGAGGUGUACUUGUGCCAAAGAAAAACGCAAAGUGCAUUUUGAACAAUUUGAGUAAUGGUUCGGGGCACAUGGCUAUAGUUCAAAACCACUUAACAUAGUUUUUGAAGGAUGGUAGAUGGGCCUAUACCGAAAAUUAUAGGGAUCAAAACUUACCUUUUCGAAAAUUUCAGGGGCUUCCGGGGCCUUUUAUGGCCGUUUAAAAUAAUUAUACCAUUUUGGGUGUUCGAAAAUCCUAGGUUUUAUAAUGAAAUGUUCGUUUUUCUCAAAUCGUCUUCCGAACAGAUGUGCCCCUGUAGAUGGACCUAUUUCGUGUGUUUGGUUUUCCCCGUGUUUCCCCCACCGUCUUGUAACACCCUGACAUCUUUAUUCGUAGCGUCUAACCUGGACGCCAUCUUCUCCCUCAGAUGUACAGAACGUUGCGCAGCAAUGUUGUAAUUUCACACGUGCAAUCAUAAAUUUACACCGAAAUUUCGCGACAAAAUUAAGAUGUUAUUUUUUCAGCCAUGAUUUUAUAGCUUUAACGUUUUACUUCAUUUUUUUUAUUAUUAUUUUUAGAUCUACCGAGUAUAUUAAGCGGUUCACAGAUCGGUGUUAUAGACCCACACGAGGAGUUCUUUACCAAAGGGAGAAACCGACGAACAGGUUACAGCUGGAGAAUGAAGAACGAUCGUCACAUUAUGGAAAAUAUACCAGACCAAUUUGCCCCUUACAAAGGAAUAUUUGACUGUACAGAUGAUGUUUUCUCCAGAGGCUGGUACAACGGUACUCUAUUUCGCUUUCCACUGCGACACCGACCCUCUGAACUUUCUCCGACUCUCUACUCCGCUGAAAAGGUUCACACAUUAUUUGAGGGAUUCAUGGCUGACGCACACUUGAUCCUCCUUUUCUUGCAACAUCUGGAAUCUAUCGAGCUGUACGUCCGUGAGAAACACGACAAUCAACCAAGAAAAACGUUUCAAGUUCGAAUCACAGAUGAAAGCCUUCGUUUGGUACGAGAAAAGAGGGAGGAGUUUCACAACAAGAUCUCCACUGGCAGUCUUUUGCCCCAUCCUGUCCAAGUAACCUACCCGAUCACGGUUGACACUGUACACUUUUCUCAUGGCUCAGAAACCACCAAAAGUCAUUCGUUUCUUGUAACAAACUACUUUUGUGGCGAGGAGAUAUCGUCUGACUUUCAAACCCUGGCUAAAGAUCAAAGCCUUAGCUACUUACCCUUAGUUGGUGUUGCCAUGGCAUUACCAGCAAGUCCCAGUGAACCUACUCCGGAGAUUCAAGGCCACGUGUUUUGUGUUUUACCUUUACCAGUUCAAAAGACAAGCCUGACAGGUUUGCCGGUUCAUGUGAAUGGUUUCUUUGCCUUGAGUCAGAACAGACGUUAUAUCAAAUCUCCAAACGCAGAACAGGAAGAUCAGGAGCUAACUGACAAGUCCCUCCUAUGGAACAGGUGUCUUUUGAAGGAAGCUCUACCCAAGGCAUAUGCAACGAUGCUACUAGAAGCAAUCAACGAGAAGAGUUACAAUAUACAAGAAGAGACCGUUUACAGGUAAAGCUAAAAUGUGUUAGCCUCUAUGAAAUAAGAUACUUUAGAUACUUCAUUGGCGCAAAAGGAAAAAUAAUUGCGAGAGGGUAGUAUUUCUUUAACUAAGUCUUCUUGGAAUACCUUAUUCUCACGCAAAGUUCGACUAAGCACUUGGAAUAUAGAGGACAUUUUUUUAUUACCUCGGCCCUUACAUUCUAAUUUUUAGAAUAUAACACCUUUUUUGGCCGCCCACGCAGCUAAAAAGGUUGGUUCACGUUCAACACGCCAUAAAAUUCAGGGAUGGACCAGGUUUCGAUCACAUCGGUGCAAUGUCAGCAAAACCUGUUGCUGUCAAUAUUGACAUAUGGUCUUAGGUAACUAAAUGGUGCAUUAACUAAUUGCAGUUCCCGAAUGCUGUAUUCUGUAGGGCUUGGCCAAAUAUCGACGCCAUCGACCAGAAAUGGAAGAGAUUGCAGAAUCCCUUACUGGAGAUCUUAUGCUCUGCAAAUGUCGUAUACACCAAGGCUAAUGGAGGAAAGUGGCUGAAAGUGGAAGACGCUGUCUUAGACAGACUUGAUGAACACCAGCCAAAGGAUUUGCUCAUCAGCGUGUUACUAAACGGACAUCAAAAUGUGGCCACCUUGCCUGACUAUGUGUUAAAGGCUUUUACCUCGGUCAGCAAGAAACCAUUUAUCAAAGAGAUCACUCCCAUGUUGGUGAGGCAAAUCCUCAAGGAAAAUCUUUCAAGCUACAGGAACCAUGGGAGAAUGGAGAAGUUGAAACUUCUAGCGUUCAUCCUAAACUGUAUAGACGAGAACUUCGCAGACCUAGUUGGACUGGAGCUGCUGCCCGUAUCCAGUGGUGCCUUCAAAUGCUUUUCAUCCCCCUCAAACUGUGACGAAGCAAUUUAUGUCUGCUCACCCGAUCAUCCAAGGAAAAUGUUUCCUUGUCUAGACCAUCAGUUCCUGGAUCAAAACCUGGACCAAAAUCUUUUGGAAAUGAUGGAGAAAGCUGCAAGGAAAGGUAUGAACAAUACGAGAAUGUUGUGAAAUUUGUCUACAGCUGAUUCAAAGCUUCCGCCAACAAGAUAAUCUUUAAGUUAUUCUACUAUUCUGGGACUGAAAAUUAUAUUUCUCUCUCCCCCACUGAUCAGUGCUGUGAGGAAUAGUCUUGCUGUUACAAUGUUUCGUAAAAAAUAACCAAAAAAUUUCAUUUUAACAUACCCAGCAUCUAAUCCUUCCUUUUUUGUAUUGAGUUAGUCCCAAGAACACAGUACAUUUUUGUAAUAAAAUUAAGGUAAUGGCAAAAAAGGUAAAGGCGCCCACUAGCCAAAGGAUACAACGCGACGAGCGAGGCUUAGGGAAUAGGGAAUAGAAAGAACGACUUUAACAGCCGGUGGGUAACAGUGUUAAUUUCAGGUCAGGAAUUCUAUUCUUUUAAAUAACUUUGUUAUCGAAUUCAGAGACACAUGUAUUUUUUGUACUUUCACGAACUCUAGGCGAGCUGUGAUUGCCUAUGAUCUACCAUGUAAACAUCCAAAGCUGACAUCACAGAAAAACUCCGUUAUUGUUUUCCUAACAUGGUGCCAGUUUUGGAAACGGCACGAGGCUUGUUUGUUACUUCAUGUUCGUACCAUAUAGUUUGAAAUCAUUUUUUGAUCUAUAACGGUGCAGCACGGUUAAGUUGUAUCUACUUGUUAAGCACAGUCUUUCUUGAUGAUAGAGGUACCUAAUACUUAAUACCCUGAAGGGCGCCGUAAAGAGCGGUUUUCGGGGGCAAUUUUAUAGUCCGAUAAGAACGGCAAUUUUUUUUCACGAUCUUCUGCUAUUUUAGUAACGAAAAGGAUUUUCUUCAGCAGCAUUAACAACAAUAAACUUACACUCACUGCGUGUAAACAGAUAUGUUGGAUUAAUCUUGUCCUGGGACCAUUGCCGCCGUGAAAUCGCCUUUGCAUCUUAAGGGGCAUUUUAGACAUGCGCUGAACUGUUCGAACCGUUCAAAAUGUGACGUGCAUUUUAAGUGGGGACUGAAGUAAGAUUACAUUAUUUUCUUUACUGUUUAAAUAGGAUGCACACAGUUAAAGCUUCUUUGUAAAGAAGACAUGGCGUCCCUUCUCUCAAAUUCGUUGCCACCAGAGUGGUCACAAGGAGAAACAAUAUUGUGGUAUCAUAGAUCGGAUUGCUGCAACCAUCCAGGAUUAGGCUGGCUUGAACUCGUGUGGAAUUACUUACGGGUGAACUUCGCCACGAACGAUGAGCUCCGCGGGUUCACAGGUCUCCCCUUGAUUCCACAUGACAUGUCACAAGAACCAAUCAGCCUUGCUAGACUUCAGCAGCCUUCUAAGAUAGUUUUGAAAAGUCUCUACGAUGAAUCUUUCGAUGAAACGCUGAUUCAGUCCUUGAAAGACCUUGGUCUAGUUAUCAUUCAAGAGUGUCCGUCUUACCUAACCCUUCACCCCGCGGUCAUCAAUGCAUUUAUUUACCCGCCAUCACCACAUGGUGUCUUAAAGGCGCUGUCGGCUUGCUCAUCGGUUGUAGAAUCUAACAAGCAUUCACUGACAGACGAAGGCAAACGCUCCUUAAGGAAGUUCUUUUCAAAAGAAUCGACGCUAGAACCCCAAGCAAAGCAGCUUCUCCGUACCCUUCCAGUGUUUGAGACGCUAAACAAAUCUUUUCUUUCUGCGGAGGAGGAUGUUUGUGCAGCACCACCAGAAGAUUCUUAUCCGGUAGCUCCUCGUAGGGUUCUUAUUGACGUCACACACGAUGACUCAAAGAGGUUGGCACAUCUGCUAGACAUCAGAUGCCUAUCGCCGAUAGAAUUUUUUCUUGAAGUUAUAUUUCCAGAUGUCAGAGGAGGAAAUUAUUCUAACGGAGAGAUCGACAGGAUUAUGGGAUUCGUUAUGGAGCGGUUUCAAGUUUACGCCAGUGAAGAUGCUCGAUUUGAAGAAGCGCUUACAAAUUUGCCAUUUGUACCGAGUGAAAAUAGACGGGAAAGAGCUAUGGACCUGUUCGAUCCCGGGGUUGAGCUGUUGAAACGAAUGCUGGCCGAAGAAGAUGUUUUUCCAGUUGGUGAACAGUACACGAACCCCACAGCCCUCGUGGUUCUUAAGAAACUUGGUUUGAAGAGUGAAAAGGAAAUUAGUGCAGACGAUCUGUACCGCAGUGCCAGAAAGAUCUCUCAAAUGCCAAAUUUGGAGGAAGCAAAGCGAAAAUCGGCAACUAUAUUGUCAUAUUUAGACAGUUAUUCAACGAAGCUUCAACAAACUGUCUCAGGGGUAACGUUGACACAACUUCUGCGAGACGUUCCAUGGGUAUCCGAAGUGAACGAAAGGCCCUUCGGUGUUCCUGUUAACCUUUACUCAACUGAAGAAACUAGCAAAGCCCACUUUUACAAACCCACGGAAGUGACAAGUGAAGAUAAAGUUAAUCUCAUUGGAACAAUGAAGCCUAUUGUAAGAGUAGAUUCUUCAAGUCAAUUAGCAAAAUGUUUCGGCUGGGAUAAGAUGCCGGAUGCAUUGGACGUGGUGCAACAUCUGAGAACCGUGGUCACUCACUACACCCAGGAUAAAAAGCCAUAUUACAUUUCAGUUGUCAACGACAUCUACUCAUUUCUAGAUCAGACCGCCAAUAUUGAAGUUAUCAAGGAAGCUUUGCAGGGAAUUGAAAACUCUAUCUGGAUUUGGAAUGGAGAUGGUUUUUCUUCUCCAGAUGUUGUCCUUGCCUCAAGGCCUCCAAUUGAUCUUACUCCGUACAUUUGUUCUCUUCCCUCAGAGGUGCUGCAGUUUUCAAACCUUUUUUCAAAGUUCGGAAUGAGAGAGCACUGUGAUGCUCUGCUUUUUGUACAGGUUCUUCAACUAAUAAAACAGAAGUAUGAAUCUGGACACGAGUAUCCAAGCACUGAGGUAAAAAGAGAUCUCCAGCUAUCUACAGACAUUUUGAAUGAGAUUAAGCCAAACGUUGGAGAACAACUACCUUCAGAGAUUCAAGAGAAAGUCCUCAUCCCAACACACGUAGAAGGAGAUUCUUACGUAAGGCUUGCACCAAUUAAAGAUUGCAUGUACUGUGACCACGAGUGGCUAGAAGAUGGCAUACCUGUUGAAGAAGAAAAUCAAUGCUUUUUUGUGCAUCAAAACAUCUCAAAUAGUACUGCAGAACUUUUUCAAGUUCGUACUCUUAGAAAUCAAUUAUUGGAAGCUGAUGAGAUAGGAGAUGAGUUUGGUCAAGAAGAAAAACUUACUCGCAGAUUAAACAAACUUCUCGAGGAAUACACAGAUGGUUUUUCAGUACCAAAGGAAUUAAUCCAGAACGCAGAUGAUGCUGGUGCCACUGAGGUCAGAUUUCUUUACGAUGAAAGAACCAACGAAGAUUCUAUGGCCUGUCUGAUUGACGAGGGAAUGAAAGAAUGUCAAGGUCCUGCCUUGUGGGUUUACAACAACGCUGAGUUUAGGGAUGACGAUUUUGAAAAUAUUACUAAACUCAACGGUGGUACAAAAAGACAAGAAACCGAGAAGAUUGGAAAGUUUGGGCUUGGUUUUAACACGGUCUAUAAUCUGACGGACGUUCCUAUGUUCCUAAGCAGAAACUACUUUGUGAUUUUUGAUCCCAACACCUUUUAUCUUGGAAAAGCCAUCACAAACAAGAGCAAACCAGGAAUAAAAAUCGACGUCAACAAGAAUCCGGAGAGAAAACGAAGGCUUAGGAACCAAUUUAAACCUUUCAAUGGCAUCUUUGGGUGUGAUCUUCUUCUGAACAAAAAGGACAACUCAUUUCAAGGUACUCUCUUUCGCUUCCCAUUGAGAACUAAGAGGCAAGCUGUCAGAAGUGAAAUUAAGCAAGAUUAUUACGGCCACAACCAAAUGAGGGAGCUAUUAGAGAUUUUCGUAAGCGGGGCGAAAACGUUGCUCUUGUUUACGCAAAAUGUCUGUCAAGUCAGCAUAUUUCAUUUGCCAAGAGACUCAACAGAGCUGACACAACCCAAACUGAUGUUUGAGGUAACCAAGGCAUUAUCACACUCAGGAAUCAUGAGAGAGUUGUCUGUUCCCAUGAAGCUGCCAAUACAUCAGAGCAAUGUUAGCACAGACGACUUACACCUUUUAAAACAAUGUAACUUUCUACGAGCAUCAUCGCAGGUUUUAAAGCAUAUUGAGGAUAUGAAGGAAACCAAUGACUAUUUACUGAGGUCGGCAAUCACAGUUAACAUAAAAGCCACCCUAACUGAAUGCGGACGCUUGUUCUUUGAGGACAAAAUCUCACUGCAUAAUUCAUCCGAGGUUUGGUUUGUUGCCUCGUCGAUGGGCAAAGGCCAAGCGAUACAGUUUUCAGUGAAUGACAAGAGCUUGCUCCCAGCAGCUGCAGUAGCGGUCAAGUUGUUACCUCAGGAGAGUGAGAAGUUUGUACCAGAACCUGUUGUCAGUCACGCCGCUGGAAGUAAAUCGCAUCAUAACGGUUCAGUAUUUUGCUACCUUCCACUCCCAAUUCACAGUGGUCUCCCUGUGCAUAUAAAUGGCACAUUUGCAGUAGCUUCGAACAGACGCCAUUUGAAGCAGAAAACAGAGGACGACAAAGCCUGCGCUGAAGUUGAGUGGAAUAAUGUUCUGCUUAAAGAUUCUGUCUGUUCCGCCUACCUGGACCUUCUGGAAGACAUGAAAAGUACUGCUACUACGUACUGUUUUCACUCUCUGUGGCCCAGGGCGUGCGACAUAGAACCAUAUUUUGAACCACUUGCGCGUUCCUUCUAUCAGAAAGUUGCUAGUGAAGGCUAUUCCCUUUUCUCAGAUGGAGACACUUGGGUGGGCAUCAAUCAAGUGGUCUUUCUGGAGCCAUACUUUCGUCGUGAUCAACGGGUUGGAGACAUAUCAGUUGCAGUAUUACAAAAGAUGGUCACUGAACAAGAAGUUGUCAUUGAUCUCCCAGCAGAAAUUGUACAGUCAUUCAUUGACUAUGGUCUUGGGGAGAAAAUCCAGUUGAAAGCCUACGACAGAAGUAGGUUUUUCCGUGAACUGUUUUUCCCAAACAUUGGCUCCGUACCGGCAGACAAACGAGAUGAAUUGAUCUUAUUUGCAUUGGAUGAUUCAAAUGGAGAAUUCGAUGAAUUAAUAAAAUCCUAUGCUUGCAUUCCGGCUUCACCCAAUGGUAAAAUCCUUAAACGCCCGAUGGACCUUGUUCACCCAAACAAAUCAACAGCCUCGCUAUUUCAUAGCGAAGAUGAGAGGUUUCCGUUUGGAACUAUUGAGACCUUCUUAGAUUCUGUAAGACUUGCUAAACUUGAACAACUUGGUAUGAAGACUGAAAAGGGAAUCACUGCAGAUGAUCUCUACCACAGUGCCAACAAUAUUCCUCGAAUGGUAAAGUCCUCGGAAGCAAAGCAGAAAUCAGAGAAUAUUAUGACGUUCUUAGACAGCAAUCCGAUCAUUCUUCAACAAAAUGUUUCAGGGGAACCGUUAGCACUACUUCUGCGAGAUAUUCCUUGGAUAUCUGUAAUGGAGGAAACGCCUUUUGUUUACCUAAAAGUCUUUACUCACUUGUAAAAGAUCGUGAAGUCGCGUUCUACAAGCCCACAGAGAGGUCACAAGAAAGAUAAAGUUAAUCUCGUUGGAACAGUGAAGCCCACUGUAAGAGUAGAUUCAUCGAGUCACUUAGCAAAAUGUUUCGGUGGGAUAAGAUGCCAGAUGCAUUGGACGUGGUGCAACAUUUGAAAACCGUGGUCAGUCACUAUACCCCGGACGAGAAGCAAUAUUACAUUUCAAUUGUCAAGACAUCUACUCAUUUCUAGAUCAGGCUGCCGAUCCUGAAGCCAUCGAAGGUGCUUUGGAGGAAUUAAAAACUCGAACUGGAUUUGGAAUGGGGAUGGUUUUUCGUCUCCCCGAUGCUGUUCUUUUGCUGAAAGGCUCCAAUUGAUCUCACCUGUUCAUCUGUUCACCCCUCAGAGGUGGUGCAGUUCUCAAACUUGUUCUCAAAGUUUGGCAUGAGUAGCCACUGCGAUGCGCUAUUUUUGGUGCAGAUUCUUCAUGUCAUCAAAAAGAAGUAUGAAUCCGGACUGAGGUAUCAAACCUCGGACGUAAAAAGAGAUCUGCAGUUAUGCACAGAUAUCUUGAAUGAGAUCAAGCCAGACGUUGGUAAACAACUAGCCUUAGAGAUUCAAGAGAAAGUCCUCAUCCCAACACACGUAGAAGGAGAUUCUUACGUAAGGCUUGCACCAGUUAAAGAUUGCAUGUACUGUGACCACGAGUGGAUGGAAGAUAGCACGCCUGUUGAUGAAGAAAGAUAUUUUUUCGUGCAUCCAAACAUUCCAAAUAGCACAGCCGAGCUUUUACAGGUUUGCACACUUAGAAAUCAACUGCUGGAAGCUGAUGAGAUAGGAGAUGAAUUUGGUCAGGAAGAAAAACUAACUUGCAGAUUAAACAGACUUCUAGAGGAAUACACAGAUGGUUUUUCAGUACCAAAGGAGCUAAUUCAGAACGCAGAUGAUGCUGGUGCCACAGAGGUCAGAUUUCUUUACGAUGAAAGAGCCAACGAAGAUGCUAUGACCUGUCUGAUUGACGAGGGAAUGAAAGAAUGUCAAGGUCCUGCCUUGUGGGUUUUCAACGACGCUAAGUUUAAAGACGAGGAUUUUCGAAACAUUACCAAACUCAAUGGCAGCUCAAAAGAACAAGACAACGAAAAAAUUGGAAAGUUUGGGCUUGGUUUUAAUACGGUCUACAAUUUGACAGACGUUCCUAUGUUCCUAAGCAGAAACUACUUUGUGAUUUUUGAUCCCAACACCUUUUAUCUUGGAAAAGCAAUCACAAACAAGAGCAAACCAGGAAUAAAAAUCGACGUCAACAAGAACCCGGAGAGAAAACGAAGGCUUAGGAACCAAUUUAAACCUUUCAAUGGCAUCUUUGGGUGUGAUCUUCUUCUGAACAAAAAGGACAACUCAUUUCAAGGUACUCUCUUUCGCUUCCCAUUGAGAACUAAGAGGCAAGCUGUCAGAAGUGAAAUUAAGCAAGAUUAUUACGGCCACAACCAAAUGAGGGAGCUAUUAGAGAUUUUUGUACGCGGGGCGAAAACGUUGCUCUUGUUUACGCAAAAUGUCCGUCAAGUCAGCAUAUUUCAUUUGCCAAGAGACUCAACAGAGCUGACACAACCCAAGCUGAUGUUUCAGGUAACCAAGGCAUUAUCACACUCAGGAAUCAUGAGAGAGUUGUCUGUUCCCAUGAAGCUGCCAUUACAUCAGAGCAAUGCUAGCACAGACGACUUACACCUUUUAAAACAAUGUAACUUUCUACGAGCAUCAUCGCAAGUUUUAAAGCAUAAUGAGGAUGUGAAGGAAACCAAUGACUAUUUACUGAGGUCGGCGAUCACAAUUAACAUAAAAGCCACCCUAACUGAAUGCGGACGCUUGUUCUUUGAGGACAAAAUCUUACUGCAUAAUUCAUCCGAGGUUUGGUUUGUUGCCUCGUCGAUGGGCAAAGGCCAAGCGAUGCAGUUUUCAGUGAAUGACAGGAGCUUGCUCCCAGCAGCUGCAGUAGCGGUCAAGUUGUUACCUCAGGAGAGUGAGAAGUUUGUACCAGAACCUGUUGUCAGUCACGCCGCUGAAAGUAAAUCGCAUCAUAACGGUUCAGUGUUCUGCUACCUUCCACUCCCAAUUCACAGUGGUCUCCCUGUGCAUAUAAAUGGAACAUUUGCAGUAGCUUCGAACAGACGCCAUUUGAAGCAGAAAACAGAGGACGACAAAGCCUGCGCUGAAGUUGAGUGGAAUAAUGUUCUGCUUAAAGAUUCUGUCUGUUCCGCCUACCUGGACCUUCUGGAAGACAUGAAAAGUACUGCUACUACGUACUGUUUUCACUCUCUGUGGCCCAGGGCGUGCGACAUAGAACCAUAUUUUGAACCACUUGCGCGUUCCUUCUAUCAGAAAGUUGCUAGUGGAGGCUAUUCCCUUUUCUCAGAUGGAGACACUUGGGUGGGAAUCAAUCAAGUGGUCUUUCUGGAGCCAUACUUUCGUCGUGAUCAACGGGUUGGAGACAUAUCAGUUGCAGUAUUACAAAAGUUGGUCACUGAACAAGAAGUUGUCGUUGAUCUCCCAGCAGAAAUUUUGCAGUCAUUCAUUGACUAUGGUCUUGGGGAGACAAUCCAGUUGAAAGCCUACGACAGAAGUAGGUUUUUCCGUGAACUGUUUUUCCCAAACAUUGGCUCCGUACUGGCAGACAAACGAGAUGAAUUGAUCUUAUUUGCAUUGGAUGAUUCAAAUGGAGAAUUCGAUGAGUUAAUAAAAUCCUAUGCUUGCAUUCCGGCUUCACCCAAUGGUAAAAUCCUUAAACGCCCAAUGGACCUUGUUCACCCAAACAAAUCAACAGCCUCGCUAUUUCAUAGCGAAGAUGAAAGAUUUCCGUUUGGAACUAUUGAGACCUUCUUAGAUUCUGUAAGACUUGCUAAACUUGAACAACUUGGUAUGAAGACUGAAAAGGGAAUCACUGCAGAUGAUCUCUACCACAGUGCGAACAACAUUCCUCGAAUGGUAAAGUCUUCGGAAGCAAAGCAGAAAUCAGAGAAUAUUAUGACGUUCUUAGACAGCAAUCCGAUCAUUCUUCAACAAAAUGUUUCAGGGGAACCGUUAGCACUACUUCUGCGAGAUAUUCCUUGGAUAUCUGUAAUGGAGGAAACGCCCUUUUGUUUACCUAAAAGUCUUUAUUCACUUGUAAAAGAUCGUGAAGUCCCGUUCUACAAGCCCACAGAGGUCACAAGUAAAGAUAAAGUUAAUCUCGUUGGAACAGUGAAGCCCAUUGUAAGAAUAAAUUCAUCGAGUCACUUAGCAAAAUGUUUCGGCUGGGAUAAGAUGCCAGAUGCAUUGGACGUGGUGCAACAUUUGAAAACCGUGGUCAGUCACUAUACCCCGGACGAGAAGCAAUAUUACAUUUCAAUUGUCAAGGACAUCUACUCAUUUCUAGAUCAGGCUGCCGAUCCUGAAGCCAUCGAAGGUGCUUUGGAGGGAAUUAAAAACUCGAACUGGAUUUGGAAUGGGGAUGGUUUUUCGUCUCCCGAUGCUGUUCUUGCUGAAAGGCCUCCAAUUGAUCUCACUCCGUUCAUCUGUUCACUCCCCUCAGAGGUGGUGCAGUUCUCAAACUUGUUCUCAAAGUUUGGCAUGAGUAGCCACUGCGAUGCGCUAUUUUUGGUGCAGAUUCUUCAUGUCAUCAAAAAGAAGUAUGAAUCCGGACUGAGGUAUCCAACCUCGGACGUAAAAAGAGAUCUGCAGUUAUGCGCAGAUAUCUUGAAUGAGAUCAAGCCAGACGUUGGUAAAAACCUAGCCUUAGAGAUUCAAGAGAAAGUCCUCAUCCCAACACACGUAGAAGGAGAUUCCUACGUGAGGCUUGCGCCAGUUAAAGACUGCAUGUACUGUGACCACGAGUGGAUAGAAGAUAGCACGCCUGUUGAUGAAGAAAGAGAUUAUUUUUUCGUGCAUCCAAACAUUCCAAAUAGCACAGCCGAGCUUUUACAAGUUCGGACACUUAGAAAUCAACUGCUGGAAGCUGAUGAGAUAGGAGAUGAAUUUGGUCAGGAAGAAAAACUAACUUGCAGACUGAACAGACUUUUAGAGGAAUACACAGAUGGUUUUUCAGUACCAAAGGAGCUAAUUCAGAACGCAGAUGAUGCUGGUGCCACAGAGGUCAGAUUUCUUUACGAUGAAAGAGCCAACGAAGAUGCUAUGACCUGUCUGAUUGACGAGGGAAUGAAAGAAUGUCAAGGUCCUGCCUUGUGGGUUUACAACGACGCUGAGUUUAAAGAUGAGGAUUUUCGAAACAUUAUCAAACUCAAUGGCAGCUCAAAAGAACAAGAAAACGAAAAAAUUGGAAAGUUUGGGCUUGGUUUUAACACGGUAUAUAAUUUGACAGACGUUCCUAUGUUCCUUAGCAGAAACCACUUUGUGAUUUUUGAUCCCAACACCUUUUAUCUUGGAAAAGCCAUCAAAAACAAGAGCAAACCAGGAAUUAAAAUCGACGUCAACAAGAAUCCGGAGAGAAAGCGAAGGUUUCGGAACCAAUUUAAACCUUUUAAUGGUAUUUUUGGUUGCGAUCUUCGUAUGAACAAAGCUGACAACUCGUUCCCAGGAACCCUUUUUCGAUUUCCCUUGAGAACCAAAGCACAAGCCGUAAGAAGUGAAAUUAAACAAGUUCAUUACGACAACAACCAAAUGAAAGAGCUGUUAGAGAUUUUUGUACGCGGGGCGAAAAAGUUGCUUUUAUUCACGCAAAAUGUCCGUCAAGUCAGCAUUUUUCAUCUUCUUGGAGAGUCUUCGGAACCGACGCAGCCUACACUGAUGUUUCAGGUGACGAAGUCACUAUCACAAACGGGCAUAUGUAGAGAGUUGUCCUUUCCCUUAACACUUCCAUCACGUCUUGGACAUCUUUCCAAGGACGAACAGUACCUCUUAAAACAAAGCAACUUUCUACGAGCUUCAUCGGAAGUCGCGAAGCAUACUGGGGAUUCCAAGGCAACCAGAAAUGAUUUGCUAAGGUCAGCGUUUACAUUUAACAUUACAACCAACGUUACCGAAAGCGGACGCUGUUUCUUUGAGGAUAGGAGCCCACUAGAAAGUAUAGCCGAGGUCUGGUUUAUUGCUUCGUCAAUGGGCAAAGGCCAAGCGAUGCAAUAUUCGCUAAAUGACAGGGGCCUGCUCCCAGCAGCUGCAGUAGCUGUUCAGUUGAUAACUCAGGAGAAUGAGAAGUUCGCACCAAAACCUGUUGUCCGCCAUGCCACUGGAGGUAAAUCACAUCACAACGGAACAGUUUUCUGCUACCUUCCACUUCCAAUACACAGUGGUCUCCCUGUGCAUAUAAAUGGAGCAUUCGCAGUAGCUUCGAACAGACGCGACUUGAAGCAGAAAACAGAGGAUGACAAAGCCUGUGCUGGAGUAGAGUGGAACGACGUUUUAUUUACAGAUUGUGUUUGUGCAGCUUAUCUAGACCUCCUUGAAGACUUGAAGUCAAGAGCUACUAUGUACUCUUUUCACACACUGUGGCCCAGGGAGUACGACAUGGAGCCAUGCUGUGAACCACUUGUGCACUCAUUCUAUCAGCAUGUUGCCAGUGGAGGUUAUUCCCUCUUUUCUGAUGGAAACAGAUGGGUUGACAUUAGUCAAGUGGUCUGUCUAGAUCCAUACUUUCGUCAGGAUAAAGAUGUUGGAGGCAUAUCAUUUGCUGUAUUACAGAUGUUAGUCAGCAAAGACAAGGUUGUCAUUGAUCUCCCUGUGGAUAUUUUCCAAUCAUUUGUUAAGUAUGGUCUAGAGGAACACAUCCGGUUGAAAACCUACGAUAAGGGCAGAUUUCUUCGUGAACCGUUUUUCCCAAACAUCCUGUCCAUACCACAAGACAUGCGAGAUAAAUUGGUCUUGAACGCUUUGGAUGAUACCAAAGGACAAUUUGAUGAACUUAUUGCAACUCAUGCUUGCAUUCCAGCUUCACCUCGUGGUAAAACGCUUAAGUGCCCCGCCGAACUUAUACACCCGAAAAAAGCAACGGCCUCACUAUUUCAGAUUGAAGAUGAAAAGUUUCCCUUUGGCACUGAUGACACAUUUCUAGAUUGCGUAAGACUUACAAAACUCGAGCAACUUGGAAUGGUAGCAGAUGACCCCCCUUGGGGUAUGUUUGAAGAAAGGGCCAAAAGUGUCGGCAUUUUGAAUGAAGAAAGCAGUAAAGGGGCCUUAGAGCGUGCAAAGGCAUUAAUAAGUCUUCUAGAAAGAAAGCUAUACCCUGGAGCUGAAAGCCAAGUCCCCGAGGGUGUUCAAGAGAAUCUUUUGCAAAUCAAAUUUCUUCCAGUUUCCACGAAACCAGAACAUUUUCCUCUUUUUUGGAAAGGGGGCGAUCUACGUCCCGAGAAAAGAGCAAAAUUGUUGUCACCUGAGGAGGCAUUUGUUGAAAGCACGAUGUAUCUUGUUUGCUGUUCUGAGCCGCUUGUAGAUGGUAACAUCUAUAUUUCUUCAUCUGUUAAAAAGUUCUUGCAUCUGGACAAAAAAGCCACAGUUAAGCACAUUAUCACCCAACUUGAUAUGGCUUCGUGUGCAAACGACGAUCUGAAUUCAGUGCAGUUUGAACAAGUGAAGACCAUCUGUGUAGAAGCUUACAAGUACCUUCAGGCAGCCCUGAAUGAGAAUCAAAUCGACGAAAAUGAAGUGCGAGGAAUUUUCGAAGAAAAAAAAUUCAUUCUAGCCGGAAGAGAGUUUGUUGAUACAAAGCAUGUUGCUUUUGAAUUGCCCGUUGACUGUCGCCCUUACCUACAUAAGCUGCCUGAGGAUCUUGCGAAACAGUUUGGCAAUUUGAUGAGAAGCGUUGGUGUAAGACAGGUAUAUGAGGCCAGCGAUUUCCUCUCUUCCUUGGAACAAAUAAAAAGGACCUUUGGGGACGCAGUACUUGAAAAGAAAAUUCUACAAGCUGCCGUUCAUCUGGCUUGUCAACUGGGUAAGUGCCUCACAGAUUGUUGCGCAUCUGAUGGAAAGCAACAAACAGUUUAUUUACCUGACUCCCAAGGCAUAAUGAGACCUGUGAGUAAACUGUGCAUCAAAGACUGCCUCUGGAUUUCUGAUGAAAAGGAUGUUCACUAUGCAGAGAGCAUGAUUCCUCACCAAAUAUGCCUUAAGUUGGGGGUAAAAACACGUCGAGCAGAAGCAUUAAGCCGAUGUGCGGCUGGAAUUUCGUUUGGACAAAAGGAAAAGCUGACAAAUCGUUUACAGGGCCUUCUUCAGGCCUAUCCAUGUGAAAAAGAAAUUUUGAAAGAACUUCUUCAGAAUGCUGAUGAUGCAGAGGCAACAGAGAUUUGUUUUAUUAAAGACCCAAGACAACAUCCAGAUGAACGUGUCUUUGAAGAUUCAUGGAAACCUCUUCAGGGUCCUGCAUUAUGCGUGUUCAAUAACAAGCCAUUCACUAAAGCAGAUAUAAAAGGAAUACAGAAUCUUGGAGAGGGAAGCAAAGGCAGUGACCCCAACAAAACUGGCCAGUACGGCGUGGGUUUCAACGCCGUAUACCAUUUGACAGAUGUACCUUCAUUUGCCUCAUGUGGCGACGAGAUUGGGGACGUUUUAUGUGUUUUCGAUCCAAAUUGCAAGUACGUGCCGGGAGCUACCCAGUGGGAGCCGGGCAGAAUGUUCAGGGAAACAACGAAGUUGAGGGACGAUUUUGCAGAUGUUUUUUCUUGCUAUAACGAGGACCAUUUUUCCUUACGAAACGCUACCAUGUUCCGAUUUCCGUUAAGAACUGAGGAGAUGGCAAAAGAUUCCGAGAUAUCUAAUUCUCCUGUUACACUCGAAACUCUAGAGGGGAUGAUGGAGUCAUUAAAAACAGAGCUCUUUGAAGUCCUUCUGUUCGUCAACAGUGUCAAAAAGAUUACAAUGUGUGACAUUGACGACAAUGGGCAAGUGGUUAACUCCUAUUUCGUCAAAGCGGAAAUGUCAGAGGAAGACUGUUUGGAAAGGCAGGCGUUUGCCACCUACGUUAAACAAAUUGGGAGGUCAUUUAAAGAAAAUCCUGAAAGGUCACCCAUUCAAGCGCAGGUUAAGAAGUGUUCCUAUGUUCUGACCUUAAAAGACAGCUUGGAGAACGAGGAAAAAUGGCUAAUUAUCCAGCAGAUUGGGUUUGAGAACCACGUGAAAAAGAGCAUCAUCGAUGCCUACAAGAGCAACGACUUAGGGAUGCUUCCUCGAGGCGGUGUCGCUUGCCUAUUGGAGCGUAAAUCAGCUUUAGCACAAAGAACAGAAGAAAAGAAGAAAGUGUACUGUUUUCUCCCGCUUCCCAUAGAAACAGAUCUUCCAUUGCACAUCAAUGGUCAUUUUGCACUGGAUCAUGAGGCACGACGAAGCUUAGACUCAACUGGUGGCUACAAAACUGAAUGGAACAACUUCUUAUUGAAUGAUGUCAUAGCGUCGUGCUAUGUCACACUUUUGGACAAGGUAAGACGUUUCUAUAGUUUGCCCGUUUCUCAGAGUCCCAACGAAAUUAGCCUCAGCCGUUGCAAAGACGAAUUGGCUAAACAGAUAAAAGAGUACGAAAAGCUGUUUCCGUGUGCGAUCUCACGCAAUCAGUAUUGGGCCACUUUGGUAACGUCCGUGUACCAUGGAAUGGACCAAUUGAGGUUGCGACUUCUUCCGGUGUUGCGCUGUGACACGACAAAUGGCUCUACUCCUAACUCGCAGCUCGCGUGGCUUCCUUUAACUGGAGAUGGGAAGGAACAAGCAUUCUUCAACAACCUCGCUGAAUGCGAUUGCUUUACUCCUAAUUUCAAGCGACCUUUUGAUGAAAAAGAGACGAAAUGUAAGAUCAAAGAGAAAGCGCUCUUCGAAAAUAUUUUACUUAAAACUGGGUUUAACCUUGUGGCAUUUUCUAUGUCCAUUUGUAAAGCGGCACAUGAAUGUGGAGUUAAAGUAUCCAUUGUUUCUCCUUCUGCGGUGAUGGAAUUUUACAAGUCUUUCUGUGCUGAAAUUCCUCUUUGCAGUAUUGGCUCGCUCUUUGUUGAUGUCAGAGACACUCCUUUCAAAGAUGUUCAAACUGUGGUCACAGUUCUCAAAUACUGCAAGGAAAACGAAAGUUUUAUAGAAAACUUACCAGGCCUUCCACUACUUGUCACACAAGACAACCAUUUGCACCCAUUUAAUGUCACUAAUCGCAAGUUUCUCUCACGCCAUCACCACAUCCUUCCACAGUGCCAAGAAAUGUUCGUCCAUGACCAUAUUAGGACGCAUAUCUUGGGUGAUGCCAAGAGUCUGGACGCCUCAGUGUUCAAACAUUUUGAUGUCGAGAGUUUUGCGGCUAAUUUGCAUCGAGCGCUACCUCAAGAGUAUUUGACCAACAGUCAAUACGUAAAAUGGAACCCAGAGCAGGUUGCAGCGCCAAAUGGUGACUGGGUUUACCGAGUGUGGAGGUUCCUGGACGAACAAGUAGAGAACGUCCUCAGAGAAGAAUUAAAUAAAGAAACUAAAAUGGCCAGCCACAUUAAGAUAACUCAUAAAUCAACAAUCCAAUUGACACAGUUACGUGAAGAGAAGGAAACCCAAAUCAUUCGAACAGUGCUUGAACCUCUGAGCAAGUGCAGCAUCCUCCCAUGCACAGAAACGACCAGUUUGCCAACAUCAAGUCAGGGUAACGCCUCUGGAGUAGUAGCGGAGCACUAUUUAGUACCUUUAAGCCUGGCUGAUUCUGUCCUUGAUUUCACAUCCCUUGAUACUACAAGUAAAUUUCUUGUUGAAGCAUUGAGGAAGCUCAGUCUUCCGGAAUUGAACAGAGCUGUUUUGUCAUCAACUGUGACUUGGGGACUUCCAAGUCGGCUCGUUGCGACCAUAAACUCACCCAAAUUUCUUCUGUUAGCACUAUGUCAGAAGAUAAAGAGAAAACCGAACUCUCUGCACGGGAGGUUGAGCAGUAGCGAAUGUCGUACCAUUUUGGAGCAUUUCAGCAACAGCGUGAAAGACCUGGACGAAGGUGACAUAUUAGCGUUAAGAAAACUUCCUCUUUAUGAAGCAACUCAUGGCGGACAAGUGAGCCUAGAUAACAAAAGGGUCUGUGUUGUUCCUGUUGAAGUACCUCAUGACGGAAUGGGAGUCUUGGAAAGUGUGGGUGAUUUCAUCUUUCUGAAAAGCUGGUCGCAUCUUUCGGCGCUUUAUGAAUUUAUGAAGUUUGAAUCUGUUUCAUCGGUUGAUGUCUAUUGCAAAUUCAUUUUGAAAUAUUUUAGUCUAUUUCCCAGUAAAGCAAGGUUAGUUCAUCUUAAGCACAUCCGUGACGGUAUGUUGACACAGACAUUUGCUAAGGAGGUUGACAAGCAGCGACUAUUGUCCUGCUUGGAAAACGCUGAAAUCAUUCCUUCUAGCCGAGGCAACCUAGUAAAGGCAUCGUCGUUUUAUGACCCUGAGCAUGAAGUGUUCAAAUGCAUGCUUUCGGAUGACAUGUUUCCAUCAGAGCCUUUUAACGCCAGGGAGUGGUUGCCGUUUUUAAAGACUAUUGGAUUGAUUCACGAAGUUUCUCAAGAUCUCUUCAAGACGUUUGCUCUGAAAAUCGCACACGAAGGCAAUACACAACCCACGAAGGAAACAGAGGAUAAAUCAAAAAUUCUCGUUGCACACAUGUUAAGAAGAAAUAACGUUGUAGACCAAGGCCUGCUUCAAGCUAUUCGUGAUAUUCGGUUUGUCCCUUCAGCACCUGUCAAGCAAAACCUCCAAGCAAUACAUCGACCGUAUUGUAAACGAGAUGACGGUAAGGCAACGUAUAUAUCCUUUAGAGGUUCUGUACUAGCAAAGCAUGCAAAAAUAGUUUGGACAACAGCCGGUCUUCUUCCUCAGUGGGCAGAUCCGAAGGAAUAUCAGUAUCUGAUACAUGCACCUGACUGGAGUAAUACAGAACAUUACUGCAACGCGAUAACGGCACAGCUAGGCAUUUUAGCGGAGCCAACAGUUGAGCUUGUUACACCCCAUUGCCAAAAUGUGUCGUUCCAACUAGAAAAAGAAAACGACCAAGAUUUACCUGAGGAGCAGAUUAUGAGAAGAAUGAAAAUCAUGAUAAAAAUCUACAGAUUUUUGGAAGUUAAGGCUACCUCAGAUUCUUUCGCGAGAGACCGACUAAAGCACACGCCGUGCAUUGUAGUUGAAGAAGGCAGACGCCUCGUUAGAGUUGAACAAGUGGUCAUUGAAUUGAACAGGGAAUUUGAGAUUCAGCCAUUCCUCUAUGGGUUACCUGCGGAACUAGUUCAGUGUAAGGGCUUGUUUCAGUAUUUGGGCUGUGCCUCUGUAGCAAAAGUGUCUCACUUCGCUAUGGUCUUAGAUAUGCUUAAAAAGAAAUGCAAGGAGAAACCUCUAGAUCCAAAUGAGAAAAUGUGCGCUUUAAAAGCUGAAAGAGGUAUUUUUGAAACACUACAAGAUCACUCGGAUGAUGGCCACAGUUUUUCCUCACUUAACCUGCCAGCUACAUGUCCAUUGAUUAAAAAAGAUGAAGGACCUUCCCUGCCUGUCGUGUUACCGAAAUCAACAGAGAUUCUAUUUGAUGAUGCCCCUUUUUACCAUGAACGCAUUAAAAAAUUUGAUCAGCUCUUCCUGGUUGACCUUUCAUGGUCUAAUGUCCGUUGUAAAAAGGGCUUAAAUUACAAGGAUCUUAUCAUGCUGCUCCCCCCAGCGGUGCGUCCUGAAAUGUUGUCCUCUGCCGUCAUUGAGCAAUUUUCUGAUUCCUCUGAGAGAGGUGAGAGCUUUGAUCUUGGCGCAGCGGGUUUGCUAAAAAGGUCAGUUCACUCACCACAAUUCUGUCGUGGUAUCAUCAGACUUAUUCGUCACGCAAGCCGCGAGAACCAGGAAAAGGUAGAUGAGAGUGUCGUUGCCACCAUAAAAAACAGAUUGCAAAGUAUCGAGAUUCAUGGAAUGAGUAAAAUUGUUACUCAGCUACUCUACAAAGGAAUCACAAUUCCAGGAAGCGAGAUGGAAAGGCCAUACUUUUUGGAAAAGGUUAGCAAGUCCGGUGAAGAGAUUUGGAAUGUAUAUGUCAAUGCUGUAGACGACGCACAAAAAACGUCAUCUGCAAUAGCUCUGACAUUAGCCAAGGUGAUAUCAGAAGCAUGUAAGGGACUCCUGAGAUACGCGGCUAUGUUCAUUCCCACGAUGUUGCAAAGCCAACCAGAAGAGAUUUCCUCUUUUCUGGAUAUGAUGAAGAUACAUCAAGAUGAUUCCUAUGAUGGAGAGAAAGGACAGAUCUUACCACAGCCAGGUAGUUACAUUCCAAUUGCCGAACAACACCUUCUCAAUGCAUCCUUUUCAUAUUUCAAACCUGGUGAAUAUGUUGGAUACGAAGUUGACGAUCCAAGUCUACAACUUAAAGAUGGAGAUGCAACUUACAUUUAUGCUGUUAUAAUCGAGGAAGUUUCAAAUCCCAACACCAGUCUCAUUACGAAGUCGUACAAGAUCAACAUUGGAAACGACAAACCACCGAAGAUUGUUCCAGCAACUGAGCUCUACAAAUUUUACCGUCUUCAGGAGAUAGCAUCGGCUGCACUCGUUCCAUCAUUUAAUCAAGGGACAAACAUGGAUAGCAAACAUGAAAUAUUGAAAGAGAUCACAAAAACACUAGAAGAGGCUUGGAGGCUACCAGAAGACAGAAGAAGACAAGUUGUCAAGCGACUAUUUUUUUUUUGGCACCCUGACAAAAACCCAGGAAAUGAGGAAUUCUGUACGGAGGUUUUCCAGCACAUAAAGAACGAAAUUGAACGUUUGGAGAGGGAAGGCUGGGGUAGAAGUGAACGCGAAAGAAGCGAGAGUUCCCAUUACGGUGGUUCAUAUGGUGCUUUCUUUGGUUUUUGGGGGACACGUGCAAGAGAGUACAGUUCUCACCGCCGGGAGUACCAAGAAACAUACCAUCGACAUUAUGGAACAUGGGGACACGGAACGCGAACCUGGGAAGUUCCUCCUAGCUUCUGUGAAACGAAUCCUCAACCAGGACAGGCGAGGCGCUGGUUUAGACAAGCUGAAGCUGACCUCAACGCCGUUGUGAACGACGUUCAUACUGGUAAUGCUUCUUACGAAUGGGCCUGCUUUAAGUGCCAUCAGGUAUGAAUUGAAGUAUUUACUAUUGGGCGUACAGGUGAUUUUAUUAGCAAUAAAAGUCUAUUUCUUUCAUGUUUCCCCUUUCAAAGUUAGCGUGCAAAGCUGAUUGUUAUGUGUUUACAGGCCGCAGAAAAAGCGCUGAAGGCUGCACAGUACGCGACAGAUGCCUUUAAGACCAACGUUCAUAACCUCGUCCAGAACUCCUUGAUGCUAGACGACUCUCGACUGGUAACUCUUUCAAGUCAGCUCGAGGGAUGUGUAGGUGAUUCAACGCGCAUGCGCUACCCUGAUCGACUGGACUAUCCAAAAAUUCCAAAAGAUGUUUACACAGAAGAAGACGCCCAUCAGGCAUUGGAGGCAGCGACGGAGAUUCUACAAAUUGUUAGGAGCAGACUGUCGUAA